UGAGUUUUAUUUUAUUUACUCGUAUUCAUUAAUAUAAUUAGUUCUUCAUUUCUAUAUAGUAUUGAAUUCGCUAGAAGAGAUCUAUAGUUUUGCAGAUCAUGUGAAGUCAUUUUUACAGUUUAUCAGAGCCAACAUUUAUAUGAGAUUAUCCAUUUCAACAAAUUGAGUAACGAAACCAUUCCAGAAUGGAGCUUCCCCAAGACGUGCUGGAAACCAUGCGAUGCGGACUCUGCAACAACUACCUCUCAGUCGCACCAAUCAGUACAGUUACCUCCGACAACAAGAAACACCGAUGCGGACGAUGCACACACAUAGAAACCAGAAUCAACAACAGAAACAUCCUCUACGAAAAGAUAGCGCAGAUCGCAGUUUUUCCUUGCACUUUCCCCAGUUGCGAGGAGAAGCUCCCCUGGGGCCGAGUGGAGGGGCACGAGAAAAUCUGCGAGAAGAGGACCUUGCGGUGUCCGGUGUCGUGGAGGUGUGAUGAAGUGAUCAGCGUUGAGAAUAUCAUCCCCCACUGCAAGAAGUUCCAUCAUAAAAACGUUUGCGAGGACAGUCUAACUACCCCUAUGGAUAGCCUCGAAACGAAGAGGAAGUUUACCGUUAUGCUUCUGGUUAAGGAAGGUACACCUUUCCUGGUGUUUAUGGUGCCUACCAGUCAGUAUUUCUGGACUAAUGUAUUUUCCCUGUACCCACAGAAGAAAUCCUCUUACAAACUGGGGUUGGUAAGCUCCAGCGAUGAAUGCUGCUUGUCCUUUUGUAACAAGAUCAUCCCUUAUGAUCCCAGGAAGCAUUGCAAGAGGUGUGCCAUGAACGAUUGCCCUGAUAAACUCCAUGAAAGUUCGGUGGCUGACUUGGAUGAAUAUACUUUGGGCUGCGGUUAUCAGAAGAUAAACAGGAAUUUGGUCACAGAGUUGAAAUUGAAGGAGAUGAGAUAUACUGUGAUAAUAGAGAAUAAUGUAGACGAAAAUAGCGUUGUUACUGAAGGUGGUGUUGACAAGUGAAAAUAUAUUUUUUGAACGGUACUAUCUUUAUUCUUGAUGGCCCUACGGGCUAGAACCCAGUAUGUUUCAGUUUAGUGGACUGGACUUGAUUUUGACGACCAAAUGGAUAAGUUGAAACUCACCAAUGCUGUAGAGAUACGAAUAUAUUGGAGAUAUGUAACACGUG